CCCAUAAGCCGCCCCAAAGUUCCCACAUACUCAUUUGCUUCAUAAGAAGCUCUCCUCUUCGUACCGCCUUCACCAAAGAAGGGGAAACAACAAGAUAGAUAGAUCAAUAGCUGCAGCAAGCGAAGAUAUCGUGAACAUGGGUGAACGAGAUUUUGUUGACGCUGACAAGCUGAUAUUGAGGGGUUUGCAGUUCUUUGGAUUUCAUGGGGUAAAAACUGAAGAAAAGAAGCUAGGUCAGAAGUUCUUGGUGGAUGUGGAUGCCUGGUUAGACUUAAGUGUUUCUGGUCAAACUGAUAGCAUCCGUGAUACCAUUAGCUAUACUGACAUUUACAGGAUUGCAAAAGAGGUAGUUGAGGGUCCAUCUAAGAAUCUAUUGGAAUCAGUGGCUCACCUGAUUGCAAACACCACACUGCUUCAAUUUCCUCAGAUUUCUGCUAUCCGAGUGAAGAUUGGAAAGCCGCAUGUAGCUGUUCCAGGUCCUCUUGAAUAUUUAGGCGUCGAAAUAAUC